GAGAGAGAGAGAGAGAGAGAGAGAGAGACAUCCUCCCCUCAGUUUCCACGGUGACGGCAUCCCUCCUCCUCCUCCUUCUCCUCCUCCUCCUCCUCCAUCAUCUCUCCGUCCGGCUGCUGUCGGCUCGCCAGCGUCGUCGUCAGGAUGGGAGAUAAAGGAACCAGAGUGUUUAAGAAAGCCAGUCCCAAUGGAAAGCUCACCGUCUAUCUUGGGAAGAGAGACUUUGUGGACCACGUGGACCUGGUGGAACCCGUCGACGGCGUCGUCUUGAUCGACCCGGAGUACCUGAAGGAGAGGAAAGUGUUUGUGACUCUGACCUGUGCGUUCCGUUACGGUCGCGAGGACCUGGACGUCCUCGGGUUGACGUUCAGGAAGGACCUGUUCGUGGCGAACGUCCAGGCGUUUCCUCCGCCGCCCGAAGACAAGAAGAGUCUGACUCGUCUUCAGGAACGCCUCAUCAAGAAACUGGGAGAACACGCCCACCCGUUCACCUUCGAGAUUCCGGUGAACCUGCCGUGCUCCGUCACCCUGCAGCCGGGCCCCGAGGACACCGGAAAGGCCUGCGGCGUGGACUUCGAGGUGAAAGCUUUCUGUGCUGAAAACGCCGAAGAAAAGAUCCACAAAAGGAACUCGGUGCGUCUGGUGAUCCGGAAGGUUCAGUACGCUCCAGAGAAACCGGGUCCUCAACCGACAGCAGAAACCACCAGACAGUUCCUGAUGUCAGACAAACCGCUGCACCUGGAGGCUUCUCUGGACAAAGAGAUUUAUUACCACGGAGAGCCGAUCAGCGUCAACGUCCACGUCACCAACAACACCAACAAGACGGUGAAGAAGAUGAAGAUCUCAGUGAGACAGUAUGCUGACAUCUGCCUGUUCAACACGGCUCAGUAUAAAUGUCCGGUGGCCACCGAGGAGUCCGAUGACGUCGUCGCUCCCAGUUCCACUUUCUGUAAAGUUUUCACUCUCACUCCGUUUCUGGCCAACAACCGAGAGAAACGAGGCCUGGCUCUGGACGGGAAGCUGAAGCACGAGGACACCAACCUGGCCUCCAGCACACUGUUGAGAGAAGGAGCCAAUAAGGAGAUCCUCGGCAUCAUCGUGUCCUACAAAGUCAAAGUGAAGCUGGUGGUGUCUCGAGGCGGGCUCCUGGGAGAUCUGGCGGCGAGCGACGUCUCCGUUGAGCUGCCCUUCACGUUAAUGCACCCGAAGCCGUUAGAAGAGUCCAUCUACAGAGACGCUCCAGAUGAAGCUCCGAUCGACACAAACCUCAUCGAGUUCGACACAAACGAUGAUGACAUAAUUUUCGAGGACUUCGCCCGCCAGCGGCUGAUUGGUGGAGCGAAGGACGACAAGGAUGAAGACGAGGAGCCGGUGGAGUCGCCCAAACUGGACGACAGAUAAAGGCUGCGGGCGUCGCCGCCGCCACCGCUGCUGUUGUUGUUUGGCUGCUGUUUGUAGUGUGGAGCUGACGGAAGUCACCUGUAGGUCAAACCGCGGUCUGGACACCCUUUAAACACUCGGCGGUGCCGUGUUUGUGUUCUUGUUCAUGUUCGUCCUCUCUGCGUCCUGCCGGGGUGUAAAAAGCUAGAAUACCAGCGCCUAGACGUCAGUCGUGUUUUCAGACGGAGCAGCUCUCUCCACUCCUUCGCCGGUCGGCCGGAGACUCGGACCGGCAGCCGCGGCGUCGUAACGACGGCUGGUAGCAUGCCUCUAAUGUCACUUUGUUCUACGUGUUUCCAUUAGGGACCGAACAGGAGUAACGUUGUGUUGAGAUUAGUUUCGAUGUGUCGUAUCAGAAGGUCUUCGUGGAACAGUUCAACCGCUCGACGGGGACGUCGGCUGACGGAGGUCUUUUGUUGAAGGUCGGUCUGCGAGUUGGAUGAGGUCGUCUGCGGGACGUCCCGCCCCGCCGAGAGGACCCUGAUACCGUCAGAGAGAGAGCCACCAAUCAGCUGAGAGGAACCGGUGGCCCAGUGUGCAUGAAAUACUUUCUUUAAUUUAUUAAUAUCAUGAAUAAUCACCCUUCAUAGAGGACGGCCCGGAGACGUUAACGGAGCAUUCAAAUCUUCAUCAGUGUUUAGAUCAUCAUCAUCAUCAACAUCGUUCUACCUUUAACUCAGCCGCUACUUUCACUUCACUUCUACCAGAAUAUACUUUCAGAGAGACGAACCUCAGAACUCCAAUACCGAUGAAUCGUCAUACGUCAAACAUUAUUCACUCAUACGUCUCAAUUCAAUCUCCCAUAUUACUCCCUGCGAGCGUCCCUGAACGCACCACCAGCUGGUCUCAUGAGCAUCACAACGUGAUGAUAAAUUAACUUCAAGUGAAGGAUCGAGUUUCUCUGUGCAGGUUGAUUCUUGUAGAAGUGACGUCAAACCGCCGGCUGAUGUUUCCGUUAACAAACAGACGAUCAGGAGCUCCGUGAGGUUAAAACAGCGUCUGAUUACUCAACUGGUAUUUUACAAAACACAUUUUUAAAUUGAACAUUCACAGUGAAACAGAGUCAGUGUACAGUUCUUGUGUUGAUAGGGGA